GGCUGGCUCUCUCCGGCGCUCGCCUCCCGGCGUGAAGCCCCCGCCGGCGCCGCCGCCCCGAUGGAGCAGCCCCCGGCGGCGGAGGAGUGGCAAGGGGCGACCCAGAAGAGGAAGGCCUGGGCCAAGAGCCGCGACUCCUGGCAGGCGUCGGAAGCGGAGGAUUUCUCGGCAGCGGCGCUGGCCCGCGGCGAGGAGGAGGAGGAGGAGGAGGAAGAAGAGGAGGAAGAGGAGGAGGAGGAGGAUCUCGGCGGCGGCGAGCUGCCGCUGGCUGCAGGAGCAGGCUGCCACAGCGUCCCCAACGAGAAGAUCGCCAUAUGGCUGAAGGACUGCAGAACGCCUCUGGGAGCCUCCCUGGAUGAGCAAAGCAAUCCUCUGUUGAAGGGCAUGCUGGUGAGAAAUGGAGGAAGUUUUGAAGAUGACUUAUCCCUGGGAGCUGAAGCUAAUCAUCUACGGAGUGAUACCCAAACAGAAACAUGCAAUGGUGUGCUGGCAAAGGACAGGAGGCUGCAGUUCCAUCAGAAGGGGAGAAGUAUGAACUCUACCGGCUCUGGAAAAAGCAGCGCGACUGUUUCGAGUGUUUCUGAAUUACUGGAGCUUUAUGAGGAAGAUCCUGAAGAAGUGCUCUACAACCUUGGGUUUGGAAGAGAUGAACCAGAUAUUGCUUCAAAAAUUCCAGCGAGAUUUUUUAAUUCAUCAUCAUUUGCCAGAGGGAUAGAUAUCAAAGUGUUUUUGAAUGCCCAAAUACAGCGCAUGGAAGUGGAAAACCCAAGUUUUGCUUUAACAAGUCGUUUUCGUCAAAUUGAAGUGCUUACUACUGUGGCCAAUGCUUUUUCUUCUUUGUAUUCUCAAGUCUCUGGGACUCCUUUGCAGAAAAUUGGUAGUAUGAAUUCAGUGUCUUCCAGCAAAGAGGCAUCCAGCCCUCCCCCUCUAAAUCACAGCAAUACAGCCAGUCGGUUGAUGAAGACCUUGUCAAAACUCAAUCUGUGUGGCACACAGCAAGCUGAUGGCAGCAGCUCCGGUAAUCCUUCGCCUGUUGAAAAAGGGAAAAGUCCAGCUGAAGUAGGGAGUGAGGAAAAUGAUGUUAAAAAUGAAUCUAAAUUGUCAAAAUAUCCUAAAAAGAAAGACUGUCCCUCUUCUUUGGCUACUGUAAAGGAGGAGAUAGCCAGCAGUCAGACAAAGGCUGCGAGCGCAGAGAGACCAGCGCACCUCUCUGCUGGGACUGCCGGUGCACAGGAGGGUUCUGUGCCUCCAGCAGAUGGGCAGGGGGGCAGGCUGGCAUGUGCCCAGGAUAGACCCUGUGAAGAACCUGGCCUUUUGGACUCACCAGGCUUCAGCAGCAGUUCCAGCACCUCUGACAGCAGUGUCCUGACACAGAGACUGUCCACAGCAUCGCCAGGUAGAGACCCCUGCGCUCCCCUCGCAAACCCGUCCGUAGUGAACCUCAUGCUGCAGCAGAAGGACUCCUUUGAGAUGGAAGAGAUCCAGAGUACAGAGGGGGAUCUACCUCAACUUUCAGCUGCACACCAGCUAGCAGUGACCAAGUCAAGGAAAGAUCAGCUGUUAAGGACAGCAAGUCAGCACUCUGACAGCAGUGGCUUUGCUGAGGACUCUACAGAUUGUUCUCCAUUCAAUCAGCUUCAGGUUCAGGAAUCUUUGCAGGGCAUGGGAAGCAGUGCUGACAGCUGUGACAGUGAAACAACUGUGACAUCGCACAGCGAGGAGCAGAAGACACCAAUAGCCAAGGAACCGCCCUGUUUUGAUAAGUUGGAGGAGGAGGAAGAUGAGGAGGAGGAGGAUUAUGAUGAUGAUGAAGAGGAUAUUAUGUCUCAAGUAGAGAGACGGAAGGUAGGAGCAGCUUCUGAUAGCAGAAGUAGUGGGGACAGAAAAUUCAGUGACUGCAAAACUGAACAAAAUCAAGGACAAGAAAGCAAGUCAUCUUAUGUAUCAGAGACAGUCCAAGGAGAGGUCAUCUGUAAAGAGGAAGACAUUUCCAGUGAGCAAAAAGAAUCAGACCUGCUGGAGGAAGGCAGUGUAUUUGAGUUUCCUCAGUACCAUACACACCAUAUCCUCAGGUCGAUGCAGUCUCUGGAAGGUGAUGGUGCCUCCCCAUCAUCUGUGGACAGAGUUCAGGUUGCCUUGCAAAGAGCUGAGCUCAGGAUCAUCAACUCACCUGACUCCAAGGCCAGGUGCACUCUGCUUAAGUCAAAAGAUCUUCUGAGGAAGCAGAGGCUCUGGUUUGCUGAACCGGGCUAUCCUCUAAGGCGGUCUCAGUCUCUGCCCACUGCAUUGCUGAAUCCAGUGAAAGUGGUGUCCUCUGUGAAUGUUCAGUUAACUCCAGGAAAAGAGACUCUCUGCAGUCCUCCUUCUUUCACCUACAAGUACACACAAGUGGAGGAGGACAAGAAAGCAGCAUCUGAGAAUGACAGAAGUGAGGAUGAGGCAGCCUCCAGCCAUCCUGUGUGCAAAUCCACACUGUUUAUUGCACCUUCGUCCUCCAAGAAAGAGGUGCCCCAGGCUGGGCCCAGCAGGCUGCCUGAGGAGCUCAGUCCCACCAGGAUACAGAGCUGUCCCCUGCACAUGCCAGCAGCCAUGUCCCAGUCCACGUGCUCCCUCCAUUCCCUCCCCACAGAGUGGCAGGACAGGCCACUGUGUGAGCACAUGAGGACGCUCAGCAGCCACAGUGUCCCAAGCAUCUCGGGCUCUUCCUUCAGUGCCAUGCUUCCCCCCUUCAGCUGUCCCUUCUUUCCAAGGCAUGGAGUUCCUCAUCGUCCUCUUGCCAUGAACCCACCCUCCACUGUGGAGAUGCAGCUACGUAGGGUCCUACAUGACAUCAGAAACUCUCUGCAGAACCUCUCACAGUACCCAGUGAUGAGGGGUCAGGAUCUGUCAGCUGCCACUGGUUACACUACUCAGAGAUCAUCCAUUCUACCUCUCUACGAAAAUACUUUCCAGGAGCUACAAGUGGUGAGGAGAAAUCUAAAUUUAUUCAGAACCCAAAUGAUGGAUUUGGAAUUGACUAUGUUGCGUCAACAGACCACAGUUUAUCAGCAUAUGACAGAGGAGGAAAGAUUUGAAGCUGAUCAGCUGCAGAGCCUGAGGAAGUCUGUCCGCAUGGAGCUGCAGGAGUUGGAGAUGCAGUUGGAAGAGCGUCUGCUUGCCUUGGAGGACCAGCUCAGAAGUCUGCACAUGUCUUCACCUUACAGACCUCAGACACACAUAGGUAUGUAUGGAAGCAGAAGUGCUGAUAAUCUGUCAUGUCCUUCUCCACUGAACGUCAUUGAACCAGUCUCUGAGCUUAUUCGAGAGCAGUCAUUUCUGAAGUCUGAACUGGGCUUAGGACUGGGAGAGCUUGGACUGGAAACACUCCCAGCAGAGGGUGCAGAGUCGGUAUUCUCCCAUGGAAACUCAGAUUCCUCUUCAGUGUGCUCUGGUCACACAGGUAGAAAAGCCAAGGGUCAAAGUAAGAAGUUGUACCGAGCCUCUGUUGCCUUAACACCAACUCCCCCGGUGAGAGCAGGCACUGGACAGCCGGUGGAAAGCUCUGAGGAGUUUGCAGACUCCAAGCCAGAGGUGGAGCACAAACUUGAAAAAGUCCCUCUCAUGCCUUCAGUUGAUGAAAUCCAGAAAGCAGUGGAGCAGGAGGAGCUGCAACAAGUCAUACGGGAGAUCAAGGAAUCUAUUGUUGGUGAAAUAAGAAGAGAAAUAGUAAGUGGAUUGUUAGCAGCUGUAUCACCCCAAAGCAGAUCUGCAACUGCAAAACAAGACACACAGCCAUGAAACUGGUACUACAGGUUGGAUGUAAGUCGGAAGUGCUGUGGGAUUCUGCUCUGGGCAGCACCCACUGGUGAAAGUGUCGAGUUGGUUUUGCUUCAGGAAGUGUUAAAGCUGCUGAGAUGGGCUACUGUGUUUGGCACUUAGUUCUCCGAUGUGGACCUUGCCUUGAGUUCAUCUGUAAGGACUUAGACACUUUAACAUUACUUUCCUUAAAGCAUCAGCGAAAUUGUGUCACUCUGAAAGGUUUUGUAUUUAUUUGUAUGUCCCUGUUGUAAAUUUUUAUGUAGCUAAUUUCUUUGUCUAAUGAUGCAUCAUGAAACUUGAAGAUUUCCAGACAUAACCAAUUUAUAAAUAACACAUACACAUUCAGCCUAGCUUUUUUUAAAAAAAAAUAGAAAAAACUCCACAACAACCCCUCCCAAAACACUGACCUCUAUGAGGUAUUUAUUGUGCAAUAACUGAUCCACUUUAAGAGCUUGAAAUAACCAAUAAUGGUUUCCACUGCUGUUACUUAGAGCCACUUCAAAAGAAGGAAAGAAUCCUGUUAUACAAAUUGCUGUUAAUUCUUGGGGCGGUUACUAUUAGCAGAGUGGUAGAAUGACAUGAGGUUACUCUUAAAACUACUUAAAGUUCUGACACUGAAAGCCUUAUCUUUGUGUAGAAGAUGACUUUUAACUAAUUUUAUUUGCUUCCUUACUGUCUGCUCAUCCCUUUAUAGGAAAGUGCCUUAUUUAAGCACUGGGGUGUGUUUUUUUGGUGUUGACUGCUCAGUCAUACCAAAAGAAGUUCUGCUUCAUAUUAACCAAAAUGCAAUAAAAAUACUAUCUUCUGAAAGCAAUUAGGAUUUGCAACUUGGAAUGCAUGAAUGACCUUGCUUAUAUCAUGGGGAAAAUGGAAAAAAUGUCUUUUCCUUCUCCAUCCCUCACAGAGUGUAUUUUCAGUCAGCCUGGUGAAUAUCCGAUUGUUCCAAUGGAGAAAAUUGGAAGACAUUGGAGUUUUUAUGUGGUCAAAUAGACAUUUAGUGGAUAUAUAAUAUCCCUUUUGGCUGUGCUUGAACUCUACUCCUUUGCCUUUUCCAUCUACUAAAACUCUUUACACUAUGUCAAGGUCUUUAAUCAAAAAUAGUUUCAAAUAUUACAAUAUUAUAUGAAAAAGUUUAUAAAAUUUUAAAUUGUGUUAGGAAGACACACAAGGGCUGAUUUCCUUAAAAAAGUGUAUAUUAAACCAAUAAAAUAUUUAUUUUGCCUAUAA